AUGUCUGAGCCCGCAACCACCAGCGGCGGCCACCGCCUCAACCCCUUCGCCCGCCGCGACGACUUCUCCUCGCAGUCGAUCCUGUUCUACAAGAUCAGCACCGCAGUCAGCUACCUGCUCCUGCUCGUCACAGCCUUCUACUACUCGUUCAACAAGCCGCACGAGGGCCACCACCCGCACGGCCGCUUCUGGCAGCACAACUACUCGACGCCCUUUGCCCAGAGCAAGGUGAUUACCAGCAUCUACUGGAUCGUGCUGUUCAUCCUGCAGCUGGGCUACUCGUGGUCGCUGUAUGCGUCCAACACCGUCUACGUCACGGCCGCAGCCAACAUUGGCAGCCACUUCGUCGCCAACAACCUGCUGCUCUUUGGCUUCAUCCACCUGUGGGUCCGCAGCCACUUCUGGCUGGCCUUGCUGCUGAUUGUCGUCAACUUCUUCAACCUGAGCGCUGCCUACUUCCGCCACAGCACCACGCCGCGUCUCAUCCAUAUCGCGACUGUCAGUGGCCCGCUGGCCUGGAACUUUGCUGCCCUGUACUGGGUCGGUGCCGUCGCUGUGCACUCGAAUCACCUGGCUGCACGCAUCGUGGCCAAUGUCUUCAUCUGGGGCUGGUUGGGAUAUGGAACUUUCUUCCUGGCCGCGUACAAGGACUACACGAUUGGCUUUGCGCUGAGCGUGCUGUCAUUCUCGACCGGUGUUGGCCAGUUUCUCACAAAGCCCCACCUCUUCCAACUCCAGUGGGUCUUCGCCUUUACCGUCGGCGCUCUGCUCUUCGUGCUCUCCGUCGCUGUGGGCGUUCCCGGCUUGUUGGGCCGCGACCCCUUCCCGCGUGGCCAGAUUGUCAGCGAGGACCGCGAGAGGGCGCCCUUGUUGGCUGACGAGUAG